CAGCUCUGGUCUUAGUAGAGCGUCAACCGUCGUACAGUGGAGUGCUACCGAAAAUCGUUUACGUUUACGUUCUUGAAAACAUUUCACCGUUCAGUGAUGUAAUAAUUUUCGAUGCGACAGCUGAGGCGAUCAUAAGUUACCGACAAAAGUAAUGCCGUCGCCAAACUGUUCCUCCGUUCGAACUGAAUAACUUCGCCGUGGAGACAACACGUGGAAAGUGCUUAUCAUUUCGUCAGCGAUCUGGUGAUAUACUGAUGUUUCUUAGAUCCACCAUUGAAGGCUGUGCAGUACCCGUGCGAGUGAAAGUGUUUAGGGUCAGGGCACGCGCGAUUUACCUACGAAAUAGGAAAGAACGGUGUGUGGUGGAGACGCGCGCUUGUUUAUAGAUUACUUUGUUGCGGUUGUGUAUUAUCAGCGGCCGGCAAAAGCCGCGAUCCGAUCGUCAGAAAUUUCAAGCGAAACAGCAAAACUCUCGCUUAGAAUGUCGGGAUGUCACAUUUUGAUACUGAGUAGCGCUGCAUGAUAGGAAGCGUCGAUUUUCGAUGCGACGGAAUCAUAGCACAUUCAAUAAAUAAACGCCAAAUGUUCCGCAGUUCACCGUGAGAGGCCAGGCCGAACGGACAAUCGAUAAGACUCAUCCCGUGGACAGUGCAGUUUUGAUUAUAUAAUUUGCGAAACGGGGUAAUAAAUUCGCCCCGCCGAGUGAUCUUAAUUUAGUUUGUGUCGCGCACAAUCUCGGAACGAUACAUACGAAAAAAAUGUUUCAGUGAGUGGCAAAGUGUUUCUCCGGCACGUCGCAUUAAAUGUAAUUUGCUGUACAACAUGUCACAAGCUGGAUGGGAAGAAAUUUUCCAACUGUGAAAGCUGUGGCGAGUGGCAAACGCAAUAGCUAAACAGGAAGGUUUAACCGAACAAGUUGGGAAUAUCGAGUGAUAACAAAAACACAACACCAAUGGUUCUUUCCAGAACCAUCAACAUAUUCAUAAAGAGUAAACAGUAAACUAAUCCAUUUUCCAGGUAGAUAGCGUUUCACACCGUUUGAAUAUUUGCUCGUAACGCUGAUUACGUUUGGCUCGUUGGCAAGCUGUUCCAACAUUCUGGUGCUGGUGCCAUUCCCUGCACCCAGCCACUGGCUCUGGCUGGAACACUUCGUCCAAGAGCUGCUUCACCGGGGACAUAAGGUAAUGGCAAUAACCAACUUUGCCGCGAAGGAAGAUCAUCCCAAUUAUACGGAGGUAUUGAUUGACCCACCCUAUGAUAUACCAUAUUAUUUUCCAGUGACAGAUAUUUUUGAGGCCAAAUACAACAAUGACUUGUCCAAUUUGUUUCUUUAUUGGAACGUGGGCUUAUCGACAACGAAAUACGCACUGGAGAACCCAAACGUCCAGCAGUUCAUCGAGCAAGAUGACAGUGAUUUCGAUCUGAUAAUUUCGGAACAAUUCUUCCAGGAGGCGUUCCUCAUGUUUGCCCAUAAGUACCGGGCACCGAUUGUUACGAUUGGAACGCUGGGAUAUUCAGAUUUCAUGGAUCGAGCGAUGGGUCUGCUAACACCGUGGUCCUUCGUCCCACAUCCUGUUCUAUCGUACACAACUGAAAUGACGUUUGCCCAGCGAUGCUACAACCUACUCCUGUCGUUGGCUGAUGCUGUAAUUCGAAAAUAUUACUAUAUGCCUAGGCAGGAUAUGCUGGCGAAAACAUCCUUCGCUACCAUAGAAGGUCCCGAGUCAUUCCCAUCGGUGUACGAACUAGAGAAGUCCAUCUCGGUGAUGCUGAUCAACAGCCACGUGUCCACAUCGCCAGCAAGGCCUUCUAUCACCGGAUUGGUGAACGUUGCAGGUGCCCACAUACAAUCGGCUAAACCGCUACCGACCGAUAUCCAGCGGUUUCUUGACGGUGCUUCCGAGGGAGCUAUUUUCUUCAGCCUCGGUUCGUACGUCAAGAGCUCAGACAUGCCGAAAGACAAACUGAAGGCGUUCUUUGAAGUUUUUCGAAAUGUCAAGCAGAAGGUGUUGUGGAAGUUCGAGGACGAAACGAUGAUCAAUGUACCAAAAAAUGUGAUGGUGAGGAAGUGGCUUCCACAAAGUGACAUUCUCGCACAUCCAAAUGUAGUUCUGUUUAUUACCCAUGGUGGAAUGUUUGGUAGUCAGGAGGGUAUUUAUAGAGGCGUUCCAAUGUUAUUCAUUCCAUUCUACGGAGAUCAACAUCGAAACGCUUUGAAGGCUGAACUGUCAGGGUAUGCGUUGACAUUGAAUUUUGCCGACGUCAAUUCGAUUACGCUGGGUUCUCGGAUUAACGAGCUACUCACGAACCCGGCAUACAGCAGGUUGGCAAAGAAAGCAUCUGAGUUGUUCCGUGACAAUCUAGUUCCACCGAUGGAGGAGGCUAUGUACUGGAUUGAGUACGUCAUCCGACAUAAGGGCGCCAAACACCUUAAGUCGGUCUCGGUAGAUCUCAACUGGCUGCAAUAUCUUAUGCUCGACGUUUUUGCGUUCUUCGCGUUUGUAUUUCUUUUGACAGCUUACGUUGCUUAUAAAAUCAUCAGCGCAUUUCUGGAAAAACCUACGAAACUUAAAUCGAAAGAACACAAAAAACUAACUUCCUCUUCAAAAACAAAAAAUUCGAAAAAAGCCAAGGAAAAUUGAAAUAAACUAGUGUAGUAAUAAUGCAGAAGGUUGAAUGAAUGACAGCCGGAGUCAUGUUUGUAUCCGAAAUGCUCUUGUUCUGAUUUUGAUUUUGAAUGUCCUGUUUUAAUAAGUAUGGCCUGAUGAAUGCAAAGGUAAGUCAAAUUUCAUUAAUUUUCUGAGCAAUUUUAGUUAAAUUUGUUUGAAACGAGGCAGAUCCUCCAGAAGUGGCACAAAUACCAAGCAAGCUAAUGUGCAUUACAUCUUCAUCGACUUGGAACUUGCCUAUGAUACGAUGCACCCGAGAAAGUUGUAUGGAAUCAUUGACGAAAACGUUUCGUAGGAAAGUUGACUACUCACAGACUCAACGGUCGUAAACUUCCUACUUUUAUUCAACGAGGCGCUGGAAUGUGUUAUGUAGAAUGGUUAAUAAUGAGAAUGGUUAAUAAUGAGAAAUGAGUGCUCCUAUUUCUCAACACAAAUGUUCCGUUGUAUAAUACCAUUUUGAAAACCCGUGCUUCAAACUAUGGUCGCUUUUAAUCAGACCUUUCAAACAUUUAUUGGCCUUGUUGACGAUGUAUCUGCUACUGAAGUUGCGGGUGAUGAUUUGAUUUUAUUUUAAUUCUUCAAAUAAGGUGCAAAGUGUUCUGAUUCAAGAUAAUACAAGAGAGGCAAUUUUUUUAAGGCUGGAAUUUGUUUUAGGACGAAUUCGUUAGGACGAAAUUGCAACACGGUGCUGAUGUGUAACAAGAUUUUUGUACUCAGUUGAGCUCUCACUCCUUGUAUACACAUGCGCUUUGGCGAAUGAGCACGCUCCGAAACACAGAUCAAAUGUUUUGUUGUCAGCACCGUUUUGCAUCGAGUAUUGCGCCGUAAUUUGCACCGUAUUUCUAUACCUGUUUUACACCGCGCUUGAAUCUGGUUUGCUUCCUCUGUUGAGUUUUUUUUCUUCACAGAAGCGUAUACGGUUGGUAUGGAGGCGCGCUGUUGUUUUUAUGCUUUGCUUAGAACGAGCAAAGACAAAACGGGCGCUAGAAUUUGAUGUGUGUGUGUCUCACAUGUGAAAAGCGAUGUUAAGUAUCUGAAUUCUGUGCUGCGUUCAUUUGGUGCUCUCGUGUUUAUGAAUUUGGUACACUUCGUACCAAUAGAGAAUACAUGAACGCUCGCUGAUGAAAAUUAAACUCAAGUGCAGCGCAGCGAAUGUUUUCUGAAGGCUGGUCACGGUACCACUGGAGCACUUUUCGACUCCGAGCCAUUGUGAGCUUCAAUAAACGGUCGGAGACGUUUCUGCAGGCAACUUCCCUACAAAUUUUCGACAUCUUCUCUGGCCAAAAUCCAUAUACACGUAUGUUUCGUCAUCCAUCAGCAUGCAUUAUUCAUACUUCGUUAAAACUUCAUUGAAAAAUUUUCGAGCGCAUCUUUUAGCCAUCAGAUUUUGAUUUAGCGUCCUGUUUGGUUGCUGGCAGGCACGGAAAUUACGAUACCCUUCUCAGUGUUUAUCCCGAUGUCGUAGUUCGAGAAUCCCGGGUUUGCCUUAACUGUUUUCAAUACCUUCAAACUCAGCUCUCGGUCGUAAGUUCCACUACGACGCGUCCUCUGAUCCAUUUGAACAACAGUUGAACGCGCACGGAACCGUUUCAACACAUCGUACGCGUUCGUUUUAGUCCCUUCAGCGAUCUCGCGAUUCUACCGUAGGAUUUUUAAUGUGGGUGUUCAAAAUUAAAUUUCUUCUAUCGGCUUCCAUCUUGUACAACUUUUUCAUAACAAAACGGAUCAACGUGAUAUUUCGAAAGAUACAAUUUUUCAAACAAUGUUGUCAAAUGAUUUCAGAUAUGCCUACCACGACCGCUGCUAUAAAAUGAAUAAUGUGUAUAAAUAAUGAGAUAAAAUGUAGAACAAAUAAUCAGCGCCAGUUGCAAUCCGAAAUAAUUUCAGAAAUUGAGAACAAAUUUGAAGAGUUUGAGGAAUUUGUCAGUCAUAUGAUCAUAUUUUGCAUCUGACUGGUUUCUAUUCUAGGUUUUAUUCACUUGAUAAAAUUCUUAAAAAAAAUUAUACAUUCAUAUCUCUAUUAUCGAGGAUUAUAUUGCAAGAAAAAUAACGCCUAUCUAUCAAUAUCAAUCAUGUAGUGUAAUUUUAUUUACUGUAAUAAAUCAGUUGAGUAUAUAAAGCGGUAAUGUAAAAUUAUGUUCUUGCUUCUGUGUUAAACCUCCAUAUAGACAACCUUAACUUCAAUUGUUGUUUUUGUCAGCCUUUGUAAACAACGGGCCGAGUCGUGUCGAUAAGAAUUUAGCUCGUUAGCUCUAUUUUGCAAAAUAGUACAGAAGCAUAAAAAACACGUGCGAAUACAAUUCAAAAAACAGUACUGUGUCUGUUCACGAUGAAUUAACCCUGAAAAGAAACAAAAAAGAAAUUUAAGAAACUAAAAUAAAUUUAUAAUUACCUUUCACAAGUCAUACUUAGCAAAUACACAAUCUACUAUAACUUACCAUACUAUUAUACCUAUCCUACACUGUAUACUUACCUUGUAUUGAAAUAACCUUAAAAUUAUUGUAAAUCAAUCUUAAAAUACAUGUAAAU